CCCACACCAGACGAACCGCGCCCGCUGCCCGCCUUGCCAUCUCGCACUGCCAGCUGCCAGCCUUCACUACCGAACGCCUGCCCUCAUAUACCCCGCCAUGUCUGCGCCGCCGCCGCCCCCGCAAUGGGUCAUCGACCUCAACGCCCCGCCCGCAAAGCCGAAGAACCCAUCACUCACAGACCCACCGGGCUACACAGCGUCCAUGACGCGCAAGGAGCGCGCACUCUCCUCUAAGAAAACCCGCGUGCCGCCGACACCCGAGGAGAUGGACACGCUCAAGAUGAAGAAGGCGUGGGAAGUCGCCAUCGCGCCUGCCAAGCAGCUGCCUAUGAACGCCUUCGGCAUGUACAUGACCGGCAACACCCUGCAAAUCUUCUCCAUCUUCAUGGUCUUCACGCUGUUCAAGACGCCUGUUAUGGCCGCGCUCGGCAUUCAGCGCACGUUUGCGCCCUUUGAGACGCCGGGCAACGCCGGCCGGCUUCUGGGCGUCAAGGUCGUCUACAUCCUCACGAACUUGCUCAUGCUGGCGCUUGGUAUCUGGAAAGUCAACGGUAUGGGGCUACUGCCGACAACGCGCUCUGAUUGGCUGAUGUGGGAGGGCGAGAGGUCGUGGUCCGAACGAGCGGUGCCGAAGGAGUGGCUAUGAACGUCGCGAUAGAGCAUUGCAUGGCGUUCGGUGCGAGUCAGUGGUGACUUCCCUUUUCGUUGCGUCAGCCACACUCGAGGCCUUCGAGAGUUUACGAACGUAAUCUGAAUAAUCCAAAAUGAAAGCAGUCUCAUUCA